UACUUGAAUAUUCAAAUCGCUUUUUCUUUCUUUCUUUGUUUUCCUUUUUUUUUUUUUUUUUUUUUUUUUUUUUAUGAACACCAAGGAUUAUCACCUACACUCGCCAGGUGUUUCCUGGUGAGCUUUUGCCUCUCGGUCGUUAGUGCCGCCCCAACAGCUGAUCACGCCGUCGUCCAGUCAGUGAGAUCAACGACUGAGACGGCCCCAACCACGACGGAAGAGCUGGAUUUCAAAGACGUGCCCAUUUAUGAGAAAGAAAAACUUCGGAAACCUCCCCUCGGAUUUAAAUACGUGCCCGUGUUGAGAUGCAAUCAAGGUGAAACAGAGAAAGCUGCUCCAACGCCAUCUAGCGACCAAAUUAUCGUCGAUCAAGAAAAAUCACGCCCGCUUCCCGAAACGGCUGUUCAAGCCGUCCGGCCGUCGGUUGAUGAAGAAAGACAAGUCACGGAUGCUGCGGAUGUGGAAGAUUCUCAAACGGAACUUCCAGUGGACGCCAUUAUAAUCGAAGAUGCCGACAGCGUUACAACAACUGCAACGACCGAUCAAAUCGCGGACGAAGUCAACGACGUCACGGAGGAGAACGUCCAACCGAUUCAGCCAACGGACAAACUUACAGCAGAAGAAGAAGAACCAAUUAAAAUUGUGCAAAUAAACGAUGACAAUAAUAGCCCAAUCGUUGCGAGUUUGAGUCUCGAAAAAGAGGGUGAGUCAACUGGCGUUGCGGAAGCCAAACCGGAUUCUGAAAAUGCGGACGCAGCCAGCGAUGCCAAGGUGAACGCGAUAGAGGUCAACGUCCCGUCGGCGGAUGCACUUCCAUCUGAGGUCCCUGUCGAUGAUAGAAACGCUGUCGUUUCAAAGGAACCGGAACCCGUUCGGCAAUCGCAAGUCGUGGUGGAUAACGUGGACGUCGUCGCGUCGAUCGACGUGAACCCCGUCACUGAAAAAUCGGACGCAAUCGACGAGAAUUUCGAAACGAACGGCGCCACCUCGUCGAACGAGGACGUGGCCAAAGAUUUCACUGGAUACAAAGUGUACCGCGUCACCAUCUCGACAGAGGAGGCAGCUCGUUGGAUUCUGAAAUUCGAAGAUGUUCCAGGCAUUGAGUUUUGGUCUGAUGCCAAAUUGUUGCUCCAACCUCGGGGCAUCUUUGUCACGUCAGCAACGGAUAUCCUCGUCGCUCCCGAUGUGGCUGAUCACAUGGAAGAGUCUUUGAGGCAAGCCCGUCUUCCGUUCGAAAUCCUCAUCAACGAUGUCCAAGAUGCCAUCCGUAAUGAAAAUCCUCCAAAAUCAGAGAACGAAGAGGAUCUGAUGAGUCGCAAUGGACACACGCUGACGUGGGAACGUUACCAUCCGCUCGAAGAUAUUGAUAGUUAUCUGGAAUACUUGAAAGUCACCUUCCCUAAUUUCGUAACCGUCACCGAGAUUGGACGCACGACGGAAGGCCGGCCCAUCAAAGCCGCCCGGUUUCAUCAGGAAGGAGGUCGAAGUGACAAGAAGACCAUCCUGCUCGAUGCUGGUAUUCACGCACGCGAGUGGAUCACGCCCGCCACCAUUACGUACAUGAUGCGCGAGAUUGUAGACAACCCGGAAAAGUACCAUUGCAUCAUGAACCAGUUCGAUUGGCUGUUCGUGCCCGUUCUCAAUCCCGACGGCUACGCGUACACCCACACGCACAAUCGCAUGUGGCGUAAGACUCGCUCGCAAACGGAGAGCAUCAUCUUCCGCCAAUCGGCCGAGGCCUCUUUAAUAGCCGAUCGCAUUACGCGUUUCGAAGAUGAUCCCAUCCUCGACGACGACAUCCUGGACAAAUUGCGAGCAAAAGUAGCCAGCCCGAAAGUGAGUCUGUCGUGCACGGGAGCUGAUGCCAAUCGCAAUUUCGAUUACUAUUGGCUGAGUGGCGGAUCGUCGAGGAAUCCGUGUUCAGACACGUUCGCCGGAUCGAAGCCGUUCUCCGAGCCGGAAUCCAGGGCACUACGUGAUUUGGUUUUAGAUAACAAAGAUCACCUGGCCAUGUACAUCUCGUUGCACGCCUACAGUCAAAUGUGGCUCAUCCCCUGGGGUCACAAACAAGAGAAGCCCGAGGACUUUACCGACCUUUAUUCGCUGGCCAAGACGGGCAGCAAUGCUCUGGAAAGUGUCAACGGUGUCAGCUAUUUGAUUGGCUCAAUCCCGGAUCUUCUCUACAUAGCCUCAGGCAGCUCCAUCGAUUGGGUUAAAGGAGCCGUUGGGGUCAAAUACUCCUACACUCUGGAGUUGCGCGAUUCGGGCCGUUUCGGUUUCCUAUUGCCGGCCAAGCAAAUCGUGCCGUCCGGUAAAGAGACGUGGAUGGCCAUCUACGCUUCCGCCGUGGAAUUAGCCAAAAGAACGUACGGCGAUAACGUCCAAUGUGCUGAGCCCACACUCUAAAGACCACCAAGUUCGUUUGUUCAAAAAAAAAAAAAAAAAAAAAAAAAACGUUUCGUGAUUUUCAAUCAUUUUAAUGAAGUAUAAAUAAUGACGUUCGUUUUUAUUUGGCUUUGCCCGUUUAAUGCAUUGGGUAAUUUUUGUUUGUAAUUGAUUUCUACGCGACCGCGGGGAAAGGUCGUUCGCUUUUGGUUCCAAAUGAUUUGACGGGAGAUUUCUGUAUUUAAGUACUUCCAAAUUUUUUUUUUUAAUUGGUCAUAUAAAGAUCGGAAAUGUUUGGUAAUAAUGGGAUUUUGCGUGUUGAAUACAAAAAGUUGAAUGCCG